UUCGGUUUGAUCAGUUAUAAAUCUAAUUAUAUGUAAAUUUUACUGUUGUUUUUUAAAUCAUAUCCAUUCCAUUUAUAUGAUGAUAAUACUAAUUCCAAACUAUAUUGUCAGUUCAGUAUUACCAUAUUGAAGGGCCUAUUACUUUUCAUAAAGAGAAAUGAAACAACCAGGCCCAUCUAAAGGCCAAUUUUAUUUUUCUUUUUUAACCAAACCUGUGAGCAAAAUUAAUCAUCUCUUUCUAGUUGUAAACCAACCAAAGCAAAAGAGAGAGAAGGCGACGAUGAGUACGAUGAAGCCAAGCCGGAGCGACGAGAUGACCGACCCGGAUCAACAGAUCAAGAACACGAACCAGGUCAGAGCUGGUUUCGAUGCCUUGGCCCCUAAACGACCCACUAAACCCACCCGGAGCGAGCCAGGCCCUAUUGGAUGUUUCUCUACUCCCGAGCCUACCACAGACCAUCCUGAGGCUGACAAGUUCCAAACUCUUCAGUCACAAACUCAUGUUGAUAUUUUGCAUGAAGGAGAUCCAGCUGCUGUUCAAGAUGAGUUCUUGGAGACAGAUUAUUACACGAAGCUCACCUCCAUUGAUAAGCAGCAUCACACGACCGGAAGUGGAUUUAUCAAUGUGGUGAAGGAAGGCGGUGAAGAGGCCGUGAUAGCCGCCGCUGCAAUCGGAGACGGAGGUGAAAAGGCCGUUUACAAAAGUAAUCCGGCGACUAACGAUUGGAUUCCUGCGGUGGAGGAGGACCUUGGUUCAGAAUCUUCGUCUAAACCGAACCGGAGUGAGAGUUCUUGAAUUGGAUCUUUGAAUGUGUGUACUUUAUCUUCUUCCAGAUGUUGUGUUAUUUUGAAAUAAACUAAUUAAAUAUGUUUUUGUUAUAAAAUCUGAAAUAAUAAUGUAACUUUCAAAAUAUCCAAGAUAAGAACGAACUUUCUGUGGACUGUAUUACUUUCAACAAACG